GAUACAAAAUUCUAAUAGUAUAAAUUCAUCUAUAUUGGCAUUGUUCGUAAUACUGCGAAUAGAACAACAUUAUUGUAUCAUUGCAUGUAACACUUGACGUUAUUAUGAAAACACUGAAAGUCUCUUCAUGUAUGUUUAAAUGUCUACUUUCAGUGGAGAUGGCCCCGUCCAAUAUAUCUGAUUUACCGUCUAGUGAUGGCGGGAUAUACACUGUUUGCCCUCAUCUACACGCUGGCAGAAGUCGAGACCGACAACAGCAGCGACGGACCAUCAACAGAACCCGUGUUCAAUCCAAUGGUGUACUUAACCAACUGGUCAUACCUGGUUCUUACAUUACAUUUCUUCAUUGCUUUCGUUGUUGCUGUUGUAUGUUAUAUACAUACCGGGACGACUACCAAAACACACCCAACGUCAGAAAACGCCCCCUCCGCAAACGUCGGUGAAACUACGACUAACAGCGACCACGACAAGGGGAAGGAAAGUCAUGAAGACAGUGCCAUUAAAACUGACAAUGAGAUAGGCACUGGCGGAUCAAAAUCAGAAUCCAAAUCUCCAGACUUCAGUGAGGCUCAACCCGUAAAUACAACACCCUGGUAUUCCAAGAUAUCCUGGAUCCUUGCCAACAUCACCUCCGAUACCUGCAUCAUUGUGACGUCGAUCUACUUCGGUGCGUUAUACGAUCCUUCAUCAGGAAUGACACUGUCAAAUCUGAACGUCCAUGGCCUCAACACAGUCUUCGUCAUCGUGGACACCUUCAUCACGGCGCGACCUGUCCGAAUCUUACAUUUUAUCCAUGCGUUGAUAUACGCUGCGGUGUAUAUGAUCUUCAGCCUCAUCUACUGGGCUACAGACAAGGCCAUCAUUUACAAAUAUAUACUGGACUGGUCCACGCCCGGGUCCACCGUUGGUAUAAUGUUGGGCAUAUCUGUGCUUGUGUUUAUACUGCAAGUUGUAUACUUUGGUCUUUAUCAACUUAGGCUGUACAUCUACAGGAAAGUAUACGGUAAAGAGAGUUAAUAGGCAAACUAUAAUACUGACACCUCGAGGUUAAAGAGGUCCGUGCUUCCAAAGUGUCUGAAUUGACCUGCGAACACUGAUUCUUAUCAGUACUUCUCAUACAAUAUAUCACAUCCUCUUUUAUUCUUGUGGUCAGGAGUGACAAGGGUUUUACACAGAUGUCAUACGUUUACAAUCUUGGCGAUACCCGAGGAGAUCUGGGUUAGCAUUGGUCUUCAGCAACCCAUGCUUGUCGUAAGAGGUGACUAACGGGUGGUCAGACUGGCUCACCUGGUUGACAAAUGUUAGCGUAUCUUAAUUGGGUAGAUGUUGUUGAUCAUUGGAUUGCCAUUUGAUUGCCUGGUCAAGAAUCGAUCAUUUACAGACCGCCGUCAUAUACUUUGAAAAACUGAUGAAAUCAGAGUAAAUCAACAAGCAAACCAAAAACAAAACAAAUUAACUCAACGUAUGAACUGUUUAUGUUAGUCAUAGUGUCAACAAUAUACUUAGCAAAUACUUAGCAGCGUUGUGCAUUAAUAAACAGUAAGUUUCUCAGCUUUUCAUCGGACACCGAUAAAGCACUGUGCGAAGAUUUUUUGUACUUGCCAUCUUUAGAGAAAGUGAACAAAAUAAUUCCAGAUAUAUGUGAAAUGGGUUUAUGUACUUAUAUAUAACGUUAUACAUUGUAUGUGCAAAUUUACUUGCAAUAAAUCACGAAAAUGGAUUUCCUCUAUGACGUCAAACGACGACCGAGAGGUCACAGCCGUAUAAAGAUAAGGAGGCAGUACUACGCAGUGCUUAAAGUCAGGUCAAAUUUGCUGCGGGCACUGUAUUGUCGUGAUGUUUUGUUCACGAUGAACAAAACUAUUCCUAAACAAACAUCCUCACUGUAACCGGAUACGUUUUGGUAGUAAUACAAUUUAUAAGAAAUUAUGACAUGGUAUUACAUGAGAAAGCACGUAAAAUCGAGUUGGAUUACCCUAUCCAGCAUGUAAAUUAGUUUUCAGAUCCCCAUAAUCUCCUGUAUGUGUACAUGCAUUUUUGCGUCAUUAUUAACAGAGUAUUAGCCAUGUCUUCAAAUGUCUUUUGUAUGUGUGUGUGUGCGUUUGUGUAUAUGUCUGGGCUUGUGUGUUUUGUGCGUGCGUGUGUGUGUGUGUGACUUUAC